AUGUACUUAGCAACAGUUGGUGCAUCUUCAGCUACAAAAUCGUCUUCUAAACUGAAGCCCAUUUCAAGAACAACAAUAAAUUUCUCAAUUUUGGACGCUCUGCUCUCGCAAUGCUUGAAUCUCAAGACCUUGAAUCAAAUUCUAUGUCAAAUGAUGUGUUCUGGGCUAAUCAAGGACACAUAUGCUGCUAGCAGAAUUCUCAGCUUUUCCACCGACUCACCAUUUGUUCACAUUGAUUAUUCCCAGAAAAUAUUCACAAGCAUUGUGAAUCCAAAUGGGUUCAUCUGGAACACGAUGUUGAAAGCCUUCGUGCGGGUAAAGAGGCCACACGAUUCGAUUUCUAUGUACAAGUCAAUGUUAAAGAACAACUUCUUGUGUAUUGAUAACUACACUCAUCCAAUCUUAAUCCACGGCUGCUCUGUCGGUUUCUUGAAUUUCGAGGGGCAAGAGGUGCACAGUCAUGUUGCGAAGAUGGGAUUCGAGGCUGAUGUUUACGUGGUUAACAAUUUGAUAAAUAUGUAUUGUACCUCUGGGCACGUGGAUGAUGCUCGAAAGGUGUUUGACGAGAGUUCUCAGCUGGACUUGGUUUCUUGGAACUCAAUGCUGGCUGGAUAUGUCCAGUGGGGUAAUGUCAACGAGGCAAAACUGUUCUAUGCUCGGAUGCCUGAAAGAAAUGUCAUUGCUUCAAAUUCUAUGAUUGUGUUGUUGGGUAAGAGUGGGAACGUAGGUGAAGCAUGCCGACUGUUUAAUGAGCUGGACAAGAAGGAUCUGGUAUCGUGGACUGCUCUAAUUUCUUGUUAUGAGCAGAAUUCGAUGUAUAAGGAGGCCGUAAAUCUGUUUUUGACCAUGCCUAGGGAUAGAAUUACAAUAGACGAGGUGGUAAGUGUGGCUGUACUUUCUGCUUGCUCACAUCUAUUAAAUUUGCAAAUCGGUGAAACUGUUCACUGUUUAGUUCUAAAAGCCGGUUUGGAAUCUUACGUCAAUCUGCAAAAUGCUUUGAUUCACAUGUACUCCAAAUGUGGGGCCGUGUUGGCUGCUCAGAAGCUUUUCAAUUCUGGUUGUUUCUUGGACUUGAUAUCUUGGAAUUCUAUGAUAUCCGGAUAUGUUAAAUGUGGAUCGAUCGAGAAAGCUAGGGCAUUAUUCGACCGCAUGCCUGAGAAGGAUGUUGUCUCUUGGAGCUCGAUCAUAUCAGGUUACGCCCAGUCAAAUAUGUCCUCCGAGACUUUAGCACUAUUUCGUGAUAUGCUCGAUGAAGGCGUCAAGCCCGACGAAAUGACCUUGGUCAGUGUGGUCUCUGCAUGUACUCAGCUAGCGGCACUUGACCAAGGCAAGCUGCUGGAUGCUUACAUACGGGAAAACGGGCUCAAGCUAAACCCGAUUCUCGGCACAACUCUUAUCGACAUGUACAUGAAAUGCGGGUGCGUCGACAAUGCCAUGGAGAUUUUCCAUGCCAUGGAGAAUAAAGGGGUUUCUUCAUGGAAUGCCGUGAUACUCGGCCUUGCGAUGAAUGGACGGGUGGAUAUAUCGCUCCAAAUGUUCGACGAGAUGAAGAAAUCAAAAGUGAGCCCAAACGAGAUAACCUUCGUGGCAGUUCUUGGCGCUUGCCGGCACAUGGGUCUGGUCGAACAUGGUCGUAAAGUUUUCCGCUCCAUGACUGAGGAACACAGUAUUGAACCCAAUAUUAAGCAUUACGGGUGCUUGGUGGACCUCCUUGGACGUGCAGGGCUUUUGAGGGAGGCGAAGGAAGUAAUCGAGACGAUGCCCGUGGCGCCAGAUGUCGCCACCUGGGGAGCCUUACUUGGGGCUUGCAAGAAGCAUGGUGACAGGGAAAUGGGGGAGGAGAUUGGGAGGAGGCUGAUCGAACUCCAACCAGAGCAUGAUGGGUUUCACGUGCUGCUCUCGAAUAUUUACGCUUCCAAAGGUAACUGGGGCAAUGCCAUGGAGGUUAGGGAGAUCAUGGCCCGGCAAGGAGUGGUCAAGACACCUGGCUGCAGCGUAAUAGGAGCCGGACAGGUCUCAGUUCAGGUGGAAGUUUGUGCUGAGAAUUUAAUGCAUGGAGUAGCAUGUAGCCAUCGCCAAGGACAAGGUGGAUUAGUUAAGCACACAGAAAGGAAAGAAAAAAUGGGGAAACGGAAAGAAAAGGAAAAGAAGAGAAAGGAAAGAAGAAAAGGGGAAACGGAAAGAAAAGGAAAAGAAGACGAUACUGAACCAAGUGGCCAUUAUAACGUGUUGAUCUCUCCAGGAGAAUGCAUAAAGUACCGUAUGGCCAAACAUGAUGGGUCUUCCUCAUUCGACUUAGAUGUUAUUGCAAGGGCUAACCUCUCAAGUUCCCUAUGGAAUGUUUAGAACAGACUCCCCAUUGGCUAAUGACAUAUUGUGAGUGUGACUGUAAUCUUUUGAAUCUGCAGUCGAAGUGCUACAACCAUUUUGCGCCAACUGCAUCGUGUUUUGUUAUUUUGUUAUGGCCAGAUUAAAAGUCGGGCUCGGCUCUUGCUUAGGUUGCACCCGAGCUCUCCAAUUUUUCCCUAGGCGACACUAGGUGCUUGGGCAAUUAGGUGCCAUGUAGCUGGGCCAAACGGCUGCAAAUUUAGGCAUAACUAGGUUGGCUAAGCGCCUAGGUGCUGUUAUUUAUCUUUUUCUUUUGAAAUUAUAAUUAAAUAUAUUUUGGUUCUUAUUUGUGAAAUACAUAUUAAUAAUAUUAGUGAUAAAAUAAUAGUGUUUUA